GUCCAGUGUGUCGAUGACCCUACUGGUUUGACUGGAGUCGUGGUGUUUGGAGAGAGAACAUAUCCAUUACCUAAUGUUCAACCAAUAAAACCUGAGGAGUCAUCUACUCCGGUCCAGUGUGUCGAUGACCCUACUGGUUUGACUGGAGUCGUGGUGUUUGGAGAGAGAACAUAUCCAUUACCUAAUGUUCAACCAAUAAAACCUGAGGAGUCAUCUACUCCGGUCCAGUGUGUCGAUGACCCUACUGGUUUGACUGGAGUCGUGGUGUUUGGAGAGAGAACAUAUCCAUUACCUAAUCCUCUGAUUGGGAACAAUCAGCAGAAUCAUGUGGACAACUCACCCAACGUGGGAGGAGUGUUGGAGCAGCAGAGACCCUUAGAGGAGGUUCUUCACCAGGGAGAACACUCCCAUAGUGACACCACCAACAGAGGACCACAGACCAGAUGGAGUCUGAAUCAUCUAUUGAUGGCUGCUGUGACCCUGAUGGUGAUCCUGAUGGUGAUCCUGAUGGCCUCCAGAACAGCUCCAUGGCAACUCGUCACAGAUUCCUUAAGAGUGUGGAGUCUGAAUCAUCCAUUGAUGGCUGCUGGGAUCCUGAUGGUGAUCCUGAUGGUGAUCCUGAUGGUGAUCCUGAUGGCGAUCCUGAUGGUGAUCCUGUGGGAGAUGAUCCUAAAUGCUAUCAUGGGGGCGAUCUGGAGGGAGAUUCUGAGGUGGAGUGUGAAUCAUCCAUUGAUGGCUGCUGGGAUCCUGAUGGUGAUCCUGAUGGUGAUCCUGAGGGCCAUGAUCCAGAGAGCGAUCAUCCAGAGGGAGAUGAUCCUGAAGGCGAUCCUGAUGGAGACCCUGAAGGGGAUCCUAAAUGCGAUCAUGGGGUUGAUCUGGAGGGCGAUCCUGAGGGGGAUCCGGAGGGGGAUCCGGAGGGUGACCCCGAUGAUGAUCCUGAUGGUGAUCCUGAUGGCCUCCAGAACAGCUCCAUGGCAACUCGUCACAGAUUCCUUAAGAGUGUGGAGUCUGAAUCAUCCAUUGAUGGCUGCUGGGAUCCUGAUGGUGAUCCUGAUGGUGAUCCUGAUGGUGAUCCUGAUGGCGAUCCGGAUGGCCAUGAUCCUGAGGGUCAUGAUCCUGAGGGCCAUGAUCCUGAUGGCGAUGAUCCAGAGGGAGAUGAUCCUGAAGUGGAUCCUGAAUGCGAUCAUGGGAUUGAUCAUGGGGGAGAUCUGGAGGGAGAUCUUGAGGGUGAUGAUGAUUGAUGAUGAUGAAGAUGAUGAUGGUGAUUAGGCUUAUUAUUAUUAUUUAUUGAUUUUAGAUGAUAGACAAGUCCAGUACAAAAUGUAUUUUUAACUUAACAACCUGUAUUUGUGAAGUGUUUGUGCCUGUGGAUGACUCAUCUUCAUCUACCUUGGUCACUAAUAUCAUUGACCCUGUAAUGACAAUAAAACCAUCAUAAAACAGA